AUGGUCAAAGUUGUAAUUCUUGGUGCCUCUGGUGGAAUUGGUCAACCACUUUCACUUUUAUUGAAGUUAAAUGAGAAAGUCACGGACUUGGCUUUAUAUGAUAUCGUGAAUAGUCCUGGUGUUGCUGCUGAUUUAAGUCAUAUUAACACCCCAGCUAAAGUGACUGGUUAUCUUCCGCCUAAUGACGGCUUAAAAAAUGCUUUGACAGGUGCACAUACCAUCAUCAUUCCAGCUGGCAUUCCAAGAAAGCCUAACAUGACAAGAGAUGACUUAUUCAAGACCAAUGCAGGAAUUGUACGUGAUCUGGCUAUUGGGAUCUCCCAACACGCUCCUAACGCAUUCAUUCUGGUCAUAUCUAAUCCUGUGAAUUCUACCGUGCCAAUCGUUGCUGAAGUUCUCAAGAAACAUAAUGUAUUCAAUCCCAAAAAAUUAUUUGGUGUAACGACAUUAGAUGUUGUUCGUGCUUCUACUUUCGUCGGUGAAGUAACUGGACAUGAUUCACGUGAUAUUCGUGUUCCAGUUGUCGGUGGACAUAGUGGAAUUACUAUUAUUCCAUUACUCUCCAAAGCCUCCCCGCCACAUUCAUUCUCUCAAGCACAAAUUGAUGCGCUUACGAACAGAAUCCAAUAUGGCGGGGAUGAAGUAGUUAAAGCUAAGGAGGGAGCAGGUUCUGCAACCCUUUCUAUGGCUCAGGCUGGCGCUCGAUUUGCUAAUGCAAUCUUGAAUGCCUCGGUUAAAGGCGAGGCUGGAAUCAUUGAGCAAUCUUACGUCCAUCUUGACGCAGAUGAAGAUGGAGGCAAACAACUCAAACCUAAAAUUGAUGGUUUAGAUUAUUUCUCAUCGAGUGUUGAAUUAGGGAUAAAUGGCGUUACAAAAAUCCAUCAAUUAGAAGAUUUAACGCCACACGAGGAAUCAUUACUUAAAGCCGCAAUCCCAGAACUUCGUGGAAACAUCAACAAAGGCAUUGCAUUCAUCAGGGAAGACCCAAAACUGUAA